AUGGUUGUCACUUGUUUAAAAUAUUUUUGUUGGUUGAACCUCUUCCCCAACUUUUUUUUACUUCCCUUUAUGCCCUCCCCCCAUUCUUUUUGGCACACAUCUUCAUUGCCUAAUUUGCAUUCUAAUGAUUUAACUAAAACACUAAACCAAAUUAUAAAGAAUGAGGCAUCCUUUCAAAAAAUGCCUAAAGAAGAAGAAAGAAGCGGUGAAAGAAGAGCUACAGCCAAACAAACCAAAAAAUUCAUCUCCAGCCAAACUAAACUGAUUUGGCCACAACCGAUGAGCAAGCAAAAAAUAAAAUAUUUAUUAGAACACAUUUAA